ACAGUAUUUAAUUCCCCACCAUCAAACUCGAAGAUUAUAAUGAAGAAGGCCAUUAAAUUCAGCUUUGCAUUCAUAACCUUUUUCUACAUGGUUUGUGGCUAUUUGGGUUAUGCUGCAUUUGGAGAGAGCACGCCCAGAAACCUCCUUUCUGGAUUCGGCUUCUAUAACCCAUAUUGGCUGCUGGACAUAGCACAUGUUGCCGUGUCUCUCGGAUGUGUUGCUGCGUACCAAGUUAAUUCCCGAGCACUCUUUGCCUUGAUUGAGGAUGCUGCAACACAUGAAAGAUUCACAAGAGAGGCCAUAAACCCAAUCCCGAGUGGCCGCCCAGAUCUCUACCGUAGAACAAUUUUUGUGACGAUAAUUACUGUGAUAUCAAUGUUUCUGAGGUACUCCUUGGAAGACGUGGCUAGACUUACUGGGAUUUUAGGGUUUUGGCCUCUCACUGUUUACGUGCCUGUGCGGAUGUAUAUAGCUAAAAAGAAGAUAACAAGACGGAGCGCAAAAUGGGUUUUCCUUCAAAUCCUGAGCCUGGCGCUCCUCAUCAUCAACAUUGCUGCUGUGGUAGGCUACAUUGCUGGGGUGGUUCUUAAUCUCCAGACUCACAAGCUCUUCAAGGAAAACUAGGUUGAAAUUCAAUGCUUGAAGAGCCAGCACCGCUUUUGAGUUUUCUUUCGGUUUGCAGAGUCUGCUAAUG